AGCGUGAAGCUAAGCGAGACCAGCUGGAUGGAAGGCAUGACUACAUCCUCAGUAUUUUGGCCUCUUGUCUUGGACAGGAGAAGGCUGAUAUGGAAGAUGCCAUCCUGGAGGGAAAUCAGAUUGAUCGUAUGAAGCAGUUCUUUGUGGCUGAUGGCCUCCCUCACCUCAUGUUUUACUAUCAGGACUCUGAGCCAGCUGAAGGAGCAGCUGCAGCUUCAACAGCCUCCCAGCUUGAUUUUCAGCAGCCUGGUGAAAAAAAGAAAGUGUUCGUGACAGAUGGUAGAGAUGUGGCAUUGACUGGCAUGUGCGUCUUCUUCACCAGAGCCGACACUUCGAAGGCGCUAACCUCUGAGAACAUACACAGAGAUGUGAAUUUUAAUAUGCUGGACACAACAGUUGGGGGGUUGUUAAAAAGUGUGGAGGAGUUGCUCUCAGAUAUCUUUAUCCCCACACUGAGGAAAACAAACCAUGGUUGGGGAGAGCUGGCCACCCCUCAGUCCCAGGCUGUGAAACAGGACCUCAUUACCUCACUUGAAAGCUUUGUGUCUGUUCUGACCCGUGCACAAGAGAGCCUACAAGAAAAGAUUAUCCUGAAGGAGUGUGAUACAUUUGAUUUGAGGAUGCUCAAAAGCCCAGCAGAUUACAAGGCUGCAGCCAGCAGCACAGAAACUAUUGAAAAGAUGGAGACCUGCAUGAAAUUUUGGAUCAAACAGAUAGAACAAAUUUUAGUUGAGAGUGACCUGCUGAGGAAAGACGCUGAUGACCUCGGCCCUCGGACUGAGCUGGAUCACUGGAAGAAACGGAUGUUCCGCUUCAGCUAUCUUCUGGAUCAGCUGAAGAGCCCUGAUGUCAGGGCUGUAAUUGGUGUGCUCUUAAUGGCCAAAUCUAAACUUAUCAAGUCAUGGAGGGAAGUAGACAGAAGGAUCACUGAUGGAGUCAAUGAGGCCAAAGACAAUGUCAAGUACCUCUACAGUCUGGAGAAGUUCUGUGAUCCUCUCUACAACAGUGACCCUGUGUCAAUGGUGGAUGCAAUUCCACGUUUGAUUAGUGCCAUCAAGAUGAUUCACAAUAUUUCCCGCUACUACAACACAUCAGAGACAAUCACAUCGCUUUUUGUCAAGGUAACAAACCAGAUGAUCACUGCGUGUAAGGCCUAUAUCAUUAAUAAUGGCUCUAAUUCACUGUGGGACCAACCUCAGCAAGUUGUUGUGGAUAAAAUCAAAGCAGCAAUUCACCUUAAUCAGGAGUACCAGCGGUGUUUCCAUGAAACCAAGGAAAAGUUGAAACAAAGGCCCUCAGAAAGACAGUUUGACUUCAGUGAGCUGUACAUUUUUGGAAAGUUCAAUGCAUUCCAGAGACGUCUCAACAAAAUACUGGAAAUGUUCGCCACCAUGUCGACUUACUCUGUUCUGCAAGACUCCAAGAUUGAAGGACUCGAAACUGUGGCCACCAAGUUUCAAGUUAUUGUGACCAAUAUGAAGAAAAAGCAUUAUAGUUUCCUAGACCACAAAAGAACUGACUUUGAUGUUGACUAUGAGGAAUUCUGCAAAAACACAACUGAGCUCCAUAACGAGCUAAAGAAUUUCAUGGAUAAAACCUUUGAGAAGAUUGAAGGUACAGAAAGAGCUUUAAAUGUGCUGGCAAAGUUUGAAAGACUGGGCAUUCCGGAUCUCGGCAUUUAUGAAAAGUAUCUGAGAAUUUUUCAGAGUUAUGGCCUCGACAUCGAAAUGGUGUCUCGCUUUUACAUGAAACAUAAAAUGGAUCCACCCAUUGGCAGGGACAUGCCACCAGUGGCAGGUCGGAUAAAGUGGACUCGGCAACUGUACAGCCGAAUCCAGGGUCCAAUGGAUVUCUUUAAAAAGCGUCCAAAUGUUUUUUCGACAGCUGACGCUAAGAGGAUUAUCAAGAACUUUAACAAGGUGGCACGGCUCCUGUUGGAGUAUGAAAUACUCUACCAUCACAGCUGGAUGACAAAGGUGGAGCAAGCCAUAGCAGGCCUGAAGGCCACACUGUUGGUCAGGGAUCCAAAAACUAGAAAACUGGUUGUGAACUUUGACCCAGAGAUACUGACACAGAUCAGGGAGGCAAACUGCAUGAUGCAAUUGAAUUUAGAUAUCCCUCCCUUUGCUGCUUCAUUGGGCCAGAAGGAGAUCACACUCAAGAAAAACUAUGAUAAAUUACAGUUGAUGCUGAGUGAGAACACCAGAGUUCGAGCUAAGAUUCAGGCUGCUUUUGAACAGCUGGCUAUGCCACAUGUUGCAAAGGUAGAUGAAGCCAUACAGCCAGGUUUGAUCAUCCUCAACUGGACAUCUCUGAAUAUAGAUAACUAUUUAGGCUCCAUUGAAAAAACAUUGGUCGAUUUGGAGCUGUUGCUGGACAGAGUGAAUGACUUGGUGGAGUUUAGAAUCGAUGCAGUGUUGCAGGAGAUGAGCAGCUCCAUACUGUGCGUUCUACCAGAGGAUGAACCUGUCACUUGUGGUGAAUUUGUUAAAACAACCAGGGACUUGUGCAUUAAACAAGCUCAGACUCUACACAUUAAAAGCACACUUGUGGAGGAGGCUGCCAAUGAACUGAUCAACAUGCUGAUGGAGUUUGACCAUAGUCAGAAAGAGGACACGGAGAAGGUGGAGGCAGAAAGCAGCAGUGAGAAAAAGACCAUGGACCACCUUAACACUGAAGGAGAAGAUGGGCGCCACUCACAGGGCCGUCUCUUCACUAGAAACACAUUGGGCCUUUCUGCCAGUGUUGGUCCUUCGUCUCCCUUUGUGAGGAGGAGGAAGAAGAAGAAUCUGAUGGAAGUAAUGGAAGAAGCAGCCCAGGAGCUGCUGUCCUACUUCAACCAUCGCACUGUAGAUGCCCUGCUCAGAGUGACACGCAACACUUUGGAGACGAUAUGCAAGAGAAUGCACACUACGUCCCUCAUGCCUUUUCUUAGUGAGAGUGAUUCACUCAGCCWUGGGAAAAGCAGUGGUCAGCAGCCCAUCUUCAGAGUCAAUGUGACCCUCUCCAUACCCAAUAUUGCCAUGGUUCCGGCUCUGGAGCAUGUCCAGCAGGCUCUGAACCAGGYUGUGGAUUGUGUGGUCAGUGUGAGCAAAGGAGUGAGCCAGUGGAGUAAAGACAGAAUUUCCAAGAAAAACAUUCAUGAAAMUCGAUUGGCAGCUGUGAAACAAGACGGUUCUGGGAGUGAAUCAGAGGAUGGGACAACACACAUGAGUGUGGCUGAGGGCAGCAUUUCAGACACUGCAUCCUCGAUCCAGCCCAUCCCAUUCCAGGCCAGAAAUUGCUACAAGAAUGUGUCCGAGAACAAGGAGAUAGUUAAGUUGGUGUCUGUUCUCAGCUCCUCCAUUACCUCUACCAAGAAGGUAGCUGGCACUGAAUAUUUAUACGCUGUAGAACAGAUAGAAGAAAUCAUAAUCUACUUUAAGUACACAUUUAUGGUUUGAUGUUUUUGUGCAGGAAGUAGUUUCUGCUCUUGAGCGUUUCAGUCGUUACCAUCACGUUUGGAGAAACGAUCGUGAG